GUUGCCUUGAGCAGUUCGCAAACUCUGCGUAAACAAACGACUCAACACAUUCGCUUGGCGGAUAUCAUUUGUGCGCAAAGUGUCUAAAGUGUUCCGGUAAGAGCAUUGAUGUGCGUGUAAUUUGGUGAUUUGUACGUCACGGGUGAACGUGACGAACUCCAGUUCAAGCGCACAGCACCAACAGGCUGUUGCACACCAAUCAAACAGUUACAGCGGAGUUACAGCGGAAGUUACAGCCCAUCUAGCUAGCUUGUCAUUGUCCACAGGACGUAGUACACACCGGUCGGUAUCGUGUACCGAAAAGAAGUUUGCAUUUGCAUCACCUGCGUGUUCACUACAGUACAUCAUCAUAAUGCCUGGACGUCCACUGUGGCAGGUUGCCGGUAAGCGCGAUCGUGAUCAGGAGCGUGAGGCGCAGCACUGGAUCGAAACCGUGAUCGGGGAAAAAUUUCCUGCCGGCCACGUCUACGAGGACUGCCUGCGCGACGGUAUCCUGCUCUGCCGGCUAAUGAACCGCCUGUCGCCGGGCAUUGUGCCGAAGAUCAACACGUCCGGCGGUGAUUACAAGAUGAUGGACAAUAUUAAUCAGUUCCAGAAGGCGUGCAUCAAGUACGGCGUUGCCGAUGUGGACCUCUUCCAGACGACCGAUCUGUGGGACCGCAAAAACGUAGCCCUCGUCACGACGACUAUCUUUGCGGUUGGCCGCGCGUGCUACAAACAUCCGGAAUUCCGUGGACCAUAUCUUGGUCCCCGGCCGGCAGAGGAGAACCGGCGCGAAUUCACCGAGGAGCAGCUGCGUGCCGGCGAGGGGCUGAUCGGGUUGCAGGCCGGCUCCAACAAGGGUGCUACCCAGGCCGGUCUCAACUUUGGCGCCACCAGGAAGAUUCUGCUCGGCAAGUAGUUACGGGUCGGGCCCGGUGGAGCAGAAAAGAAAGGAAGAAAAAGGAACAGAAAGCUAAACAAAAAACAAACAAACACCAGAAUGAAAGAAAAACUAACUUUCCAACAGCUUCUCGACGGUCCCUUUUGGAAGCGUGGACUUUAAUAUGACGAGCACUAAUCAUCGUUUAUCUCUGUUCUGCAUUACAAAACGCCAAACGCUUUCUGCCCUCACCAUGGUAGUUAAUUUAAAGAGUUACCAAUGCGGACACAGCAACCAAAUCCAACAAUACGCGGUUGCGUAGUACUUAAAUUAUUCCCUUAUUUAUUACCACUGAUGUCUACAAAAUGACUGGUGUAUUGCUGGAAAACUAAGUGCAUUGGUACUUCGGGAUAUCCUGGAAUAUCCUUAAUCUCAACAAACAACUCCAACGAAGGAAGAUGGCGAAUGGGCGUUAGACUUCUAAACUCUCUCUAUGUAUAUGUCUUUAAAACAUUAAACUGAACUGCACAACAUAUUUUACACACCAGCCGCAGAACUAAUCACGGACUAAGUAAUAUGUUUUAACAACUUGUUUAUAUUUAUUUAACGAUAAAGUAUUAUACGGGGUAAGCGUUGCUUAAUUCCAGCUUCAUAUCCUCGGUCAUUCUACGCAAAUCCCCUUAUUUAACUUAUCUUCCUUAAACACUUCCCAAUUGCUUAAACGUUUUUCGCGCGCGCUAUCCUCGCAAACUAAUCGGUAUUCAACAAGGUCGGUUUAUAAUUUUGUUUUUCUGACAAAAAUAAAGUACAAUAUU